AUGGGGGACAAGUACGUCAACGUGGAGAUCCUGUGCUACUUCAUCUACGAGAUCUCCAUGCACCUCAUGAAGGAUCAGCUUCUCCAACGAAAUCCCCUCCGACCGCUAAAGCAUCGAGAAAUGGUUUCACUUGUCUCGUCAGAGCAAAAGAGAGCCCUUCACCUUCUCUGUCACCAAAUAGGCCAUGGCCAGCUCGAGCCUGACUCCAAACAACACCCUCUGCGCGGAGGGCGAGGAGUUGUCGGGAACGAGGAUUGUGUGCAUCCGUUGGAUCAGGUAAGACUCUCGAGUUGUAAAAGGGUAAAAGCUGCUGCGCAGUCCAACUUGCCGCCCGAGGCCAGCAUCCGAGUAGAAUCGCCGGCGGAGAUGGCGCGAGCCGGUGGAAUUACAAAUGCUGUGAAUGUGGGGAUCGCCGUGCAGGCCGACUGGGAGAAUCGGGAAUUCAUUUCUCACAUCUCCCUCAACGUUCGCCGCCUCUUCGACUUCCUUGUCCAAUUCGAGUCCACAACGAAGAAUAAAUUAGCUAAAUUGAAUGAGAAGCUGGAUACUCUGGAACGGCGCUUGGAACUGCUGGAGGUACAAGUCGGCCAUGCAACAUCCAAUCCUGCUCUCUUUACUGCUACUUGA